UUUGGUUACCCGCGCGAAUCAACGGCUGCGCGUUCGUGUCUCUCCGCAGCUGAGCCAUGGUGGUCACCGCGCUGUCCGCGAGCCUGCUGCUCCGAGCCCUGGCGGGACGAGCUCCCCGAGCUUGCUGCUGUGCCCUGAGCGCCCGGCGGCUGCACCUCACCGCGCCCAGAAAUGAUGCAGUCAUAAUUUCUGGAAGAAAACUGGCUCAGCAGAUCAGACAGGAAGCCCGACAUGAGGUUGAACAAUGGGUAGCAGCUGGUAACAAGAGACCCCAUCUCAGUGUGGUUCUAGUUGGAGAAAAUCCUGCAAGUCACUCCUAUGUACUUAACAAAACCAAAGCAGCUGCUGAUGUAGGAAUCAGCAGUGAAACAAUCCUGAAGCCAGCCUCCAUCACUGAAGAGGAGCUGCUUGAUUUGAUUAGCAAGCUAAAUGAUGACACCAAUGUGGAUGGCCUGUUAGUGCAGCUUCCCCUACCUGAGCAUAUUGAUGAGCGAAAGAUCUGCAAUGCUGUGAUCCCAGAAAAAGAUGUUGAUGGCUUUCAUGUGGUGAAUGUGGGGCGCAUGUGUCUGGACCAAUAUUCAAUGCUGCCAGCUACACCUUGGGGUGUGUGGGAAAUCAUCAAGAGAACUGGAAUUCCAACCCUGGGGAAGAAUGUAGUAGUGGCUGGCAGAUCAAAGAAUGUUGGAAUGCCCAUUGCAAUGUUGCUGCAUACCGACGGCAGACAUGAGCGCCCUGGAGGUGAUGCAACAGUAACAAUAUCACAUCGCUACACUCCUAAGGAACAGCUCAAGCAACACACGAUUUUGGCUGAUAUUGUGGUAGCAGCUGCAGGUAUUCCUAAUCUGAUCACAGCUGAUAUGAUUAAAGAAGGAGCAGCAGUUAUUGAUGUUGGGAUAAACAGAGUGCAGGAUCCUGUUACUGCCAAGUCAAAACUAGUUGGAGAUGUGGAUUUUGAAGGGGUAAAGAAGAAAGCCAGUUACAUCACUCCAGUCCCUGGGGGAGUUGGGCCCAUGACAGUUGCUAUGCUGAUGAAGAAUACAAUUAUUGCAGCAAAGAAAAUGCUGAAAUCUAAAGAGCUUGAAGCCUUAACUGUUUAAUGGUGGACUUAAACUUUCAAAAUAACAUUCCAAAUCAACUCCAAAAACAGGCCGAUAGAAAUGCAAUAUUUUUAUUUAUUGUAGAGAAGUGCAUUCAAUGAGACUUUGAAGUCAGUAGAUAUUUAUUUAAAGCAUAAGUAUACAAAUGAUUGUAUACAAAGGCUUUAAGCAUCUAAAUACCUAGGUCACUCCAUCUGUUUAGUUUGUAAUGAUUCCCAGUGAAGUUGAGUUUUUUAAUAUUUAAACUAGUUACAUUCUGAGAAGUCAAACUUGCAGGAUGGAGAAAAUCAGCUGCAAGUGAUUUUGAUGAGUGUUGCUUAUACAGGAAUUUAUAGUACACAGGAUAUGUGAAGCUAGCAAGUUGGAAAAAGAGUAUCAUUCCACAGUGAAAGAAUAAUAAUCUUCAAGGUAAAGUGCUUUCAUAGAUCCUGAAAUUUGACCACAUUUACAGGAUUGUUUGCUAGCAUUGUUGAGGGUGCAAAAUAGUAUAUCAGGUGUGGAGCUAAAAUUAUUUUUCUACCAAAAAAGUUACACAGGUUUUAAAAACAGACUUAAACUUACAUGGAAAAGCUGUUAACUACUUGUUCAAAUCUAGGUAGCAUUGAAUCCUGCUAAGACGACAUCUAAGCGCAGACAGGUUGAAAGCUAAACAGUUCUCCCAGCUAUUGGUGUGUAGCUAGUCCAAUAUUCAGUACUGAGGCACAAUGCAACUCUAUUUAUUUUUCUUUAGCCAAAGAACAGAGGUGGCUGUUGGCUCUGCAUUGGAUGUGAUAUUUUACACUACAGUGUGAGGCCUGAAAAUGCUUAGUGAAUAACUUAGGCUAACUUUGAUUAAAAAAUAAUUG